UUCAAAUUUGACGUCUAUAAAGUCAGCCGAUAUCCCGAUGUUUAGACAGACAUUGACCAGCCAAACCUCAGAAUUCAGUCCAAGUGAUCUGAAAUGCUUCUACUAAAUAUUGCUUGCACGCUCGGGCUCAUCGUAGUGGUAGCAUGCUUUGAUUUACCACCUCUGAGCGGCCGGUACGAAGUAGGCACAGUCGCAUUUGAAAUCAUCGACCCUUCGCGUGUCGACCCUUUGGCUCCUGACACUCGUGUCCGCGACCUCAUGCUCUCGGCCUACUACCCGACUACGACCCCCAAAAACCACGGCCUCGCAAACGCAUACACAGCCCCACAUGCAGCCUUCCUUGAGCGCAAGUAUGGCCUACCCUCUGGCGCAGCAGCCAAUGUCGUCUCCCAAGCACACACUUCGGCUCCGAUUGCACGGUCAAACAAUGACAUGCCCCUUAUCCUCUUCUCCCCCGGCUACGGCCUCUCCCGCUCAAUGUACACCUCCAUCCUCUCGUCCAUCGCCUCCUCCAGCUACAUCGUCCUCGCCCUCGACCACCCCUUCGACACCGACUUCAUUGACUACCCCGACGGCCGCAGCGUCUCCAACACGCAGGCCAAGAGCGUGAACUGGAAGAGUCCGGAGUACGUCUCCUUGCGCGCCGACGACGUGCGCUUCGUGCUCGACCAGAUCUUGGGCAACGCCAGUGUCGCAGCACAGAUUCCCGGCGUGGGCGACCGCGUGUUGAAGCCGGCUAAAGUGGCGCUAUUUGGGCAUUCGGCGGGUGGCGCGACUGCGGCGUGGACUAUGCACCUUGAUGCGCGUAUUGGGUGUGGUGUCGAUCUGGAUGGCGUUUUGGUCGGGCCUGUCGUUGACGCGGGUCUGGAUCGGCCGUUUGCGAUUCUGGGCGCGGAGGAUCGUAAGGCGAAUGUGGAGCCCUCGUGGGCGUCGUUGAGGGCGGCGAGUACGGCGUGGAAGGGCGAGGUGAGUGUGACGGGUAGUCUGCAUUAUGGGUUUUCGGACCUGGGGUUUGAGGCGCAGGCGUGGAGAGAUCAGGGAGGGGGGGAAGUGAGUGCGGAGUUGGGGAAGCUUGUGGAUUCGGUUGGACCGAUUGCUGGGGGAAGGAUGUUGCGGGUGAUGGAUGCGUGGAUGGUGGAUUUUUGGAAGGGCUGUUUGGGAGGUGAGGGGUAUGGGCUGUGGGAGAAAGGUGCGAGUAAGGAGUGGCCUGAGGUUGUGGUACGUGAGGAUUGAGCUACUGGUGUUGAUGCGCAUACAUACUUUAGAUGAGCCGGAUAUGCUUUAGAUUUCUUGUUGUUGCGAAUGUAUCUAGUCUUGCCUCGCCACACAUGCGAGGAAUGCCAAUAGACCAAACAUGCGCCUAGAAAGA